GCGCGCACGCACGUCCGCCCCUCGCUUCCGGCGCGGCGGCGGACUCCGCCGGACAGACGGGACCCCAGCGCCCGGCCUCCCAGAGGGCAUGCGGCGCUGAGGAGCAGCGGACCUUCGCGGCGGCGCCAUGAACCUCCUGCCGUGUAACCCCCACGGCAACGGGCUGCUCUAUGCCGGCUUCAACCAGGACCACGGAUGCUUUGCCUGUGGGAUGGAAAACGGAUUCCGAGUCUAUAACACCGAUCCACUAAAAGAAAAAGAGAAACAAGAAUUUCUGGAAGGAGGAGUUGGCCAUGUUGAAAUGUUAUUUCGCUGCAACUAUUUAGCUUUAGUCGGUGGUGGGAAAAAGCCGAAAUACCCCCCCAACAAAGUGAUGAUCUGGGAUGACCUGAAGAAGAAGACUGUUAUUGAAAUAGAAUUUUCUACAGAAGUCAAAGCAGUCAAGCUGCGGCGAGAUCGAAUUGUGGUUGUUUUGGACUCAAUGAUUAAGGUGUUUACGUUCACACAUAAUCCCCAUCAGUUGCAUGUCUUUGAAACCUGCUAUAACCCUAAAGGCCUCUGCGUCCUGUGCCCCAACAGUAACAACUCCCUCCUGGCCUUCCCGGGCACACACACAGGCCACGUGCAGCUCGUGGACCUGGCCAGCACCGAGAAGCCGCCCGUGGACAUUCCAGCCCACGAGGGCGUCCUGAGCUGCAUUGCUCUCAACCUGCAGGGAACAAGAAUUGCAACCGCAUCUGAGAAAGGGACCCUUAUAAGAAUAUUUGAUACUUCAUCAGGGCAUUUAAUCCAGGAACUACGAAGAGGAUCUCAAGCAGCCAAUAUUUAUUGCAUUAACUUCAAUCCGGACGCUUCCCUCAUCUGCGUGUCCAGUGACCACGGCACAGUGCACAUUUUUGCUGCCGAAGAUCCAAAAAGGAAUAAACAGUCUAGUCUGGCCUCAGCUAGUUUUCUUCCAAAGUACUUCAGUUCCAAGUGGAGUUUUUCCAAGUUUCAGGUUCCCUCAGGCUCUCCGUGCAUCUGUGCCUUUGGAACAGAGCCAAAUGCCGUCAUUGCGAUUUGUGCAGACGGCAGCUACUACAAAUUCCUAUUCAACCCCAAGGGGGAGUGCAUCCGGGAUGUCUACGCACAGUUUCUAGAAAUGACCGAUGACAAGCUGUGACUCCACUGGGAGUGCAACCAGCACCCACAGCCGGCCACCCCCGAAGCGCUGCGUGUGCCCUUCAGACUCCUGGGGCGGGUGCCGGUGCCCUUGGGCCUCGUGGGUCAGCGGCUGGAGGACUGCCCAGGGACCUUGGUCCUGAAGCCAUUCUAUGGUU